AUGGAUUCUCAGGGGAUCAAGCGAAUUCGACAGGCUUGUGCGAAUUGCAGGCGAAAGAAAACAAAAUGCACAGGCGACCGUCCCAUUUGCUCCCACUGUCGUCGCAAUCGUCUUGCCUGUAUUUACGAACCGUAUUCGUCGACAGUCGCGGAGUCAACGGUCAACCCGGUCCCAGUGGCCCCCAUGGCGAAUAAUAUGAAUGUGGAUCUACUUCAAAGAAUUAGCACAAUUGAGUCCCGCUUGGCAGAGCUCAGUGGGCAAUCCGCGCAUCAGAACGAGUACGGCCUUCCAUCUACUGGGGAUCUCACACCUCAUCUCACGGUCACUCGAAGCCAAUUGGCGCACGCACGACAAUUGCCACCAACCACAUUCCAAGAAAAUGCUUCUCUUUCUCUCCUACCCUCAUCGAUUCUCAACUCCGUCAUUGACACGUAUUUCGAACGCGUCCACAACCAACCGUAUUCUUAUUUCCUGGAGUCUUCGUUUCGUCAGAAGCUCGAGAGCAGUUCUUUGCCACAAUGCCUUAUUCUAGCCGUGCUAGCAUCGGCAGUACGAUUUUCCAAUCACGAAUUCUACGCAGGCCGAACUCAGGAGGCAUCGCAGCAGUAUGCCAGAGAAUCAUGGCUGUCGGUUCUCGCAGAUCACUUGACCGUGGAGGAUAAUUUGAAUGUCCAUGUUGUGCAGACGGUCAAUUUACUGGCGGUGGUGGAUUAUACAGCCGGUCGCGUCCGGUCAGGAUGGCUCAAAAUCGGCCUGGCUGCCCGAAUCUCGCAAGAUUUACAUUUGAUGUCAGAGCCUAGUCAGUGGCUGUCCUGUUCAGAGCAAGAGGAGCAUCGCAGGGCCUUUUGGUCCAUAUACCUAGUGGACAAAUUGAUCUCCUGCGGUCGGUCGCGACCCCUGGUCAUCCUCGACGAAGAUUGCGAGGUUCAACUGCCAUGCGACGAACGCAGCUUUCAAAAUGGAGAAUGGCGCAAAACAAGCACUAUCGGUCAGCUUCUAAACUGGAAUUCAAAGUUGACGGAGAGUCCAAGUCCGUUUGCUCUCGUCGUUUUGAUGGCGUCCAUAUUUGGCCGAUGCACGCGAUACGUACAUCAAAACAGGAAAAUGGACGAGAUGCCACCGUGGGAUCCGAAAUCGGAAUUCUCCGCUAUCAACUCCUCGUUAUUGCUCUUAGAGUCAUAUUCUAAGAGUGGGAACUGGCAGCUGUCAGAUAUCCUCCAUGGCAGCGUCCAGGCCGAAGGCACUGUUGAUCGACAAGAGAUUGGACAUGUGAUUUUCGCUCAUACCCUUUUCCACCUCUGCCACUGUCUACUGAAUCAUCCAUUUCUCGUGCGACGAUGGCUGAAACCGUUUGGGGCCAAAGCUCCCGCUAGUUUCUCUUCUCGAGCCCUUCAAGAUGGGUGCGAUCAUGCAAAACAGCUGAUGGACCUCCUGCGGGAGGCAACCGAGUAUGGAUAUCUUGUAGAGUCUUCCUUCUAUGCCUACUGCAUCGCUGUAGCUGGGGGAAUCCAUUCGCUGGCUUCACAUUUUGAUCGGAGCAAGGCACGGGACUCGGACAGUCUACACUAUCUGCAACAGAGCAUAGAAGCUCUAGAGAGAUUAGCAAACCUAUGGGUACAUGCAGGGAAUAUAGCCGCUCAGCUGCGAGAAUUCCAUUCUAUCUCACAUAGUUUUGCUGAUCUUCUCGACCCAGGCCACCUGAUGGAUGAGCUUGAUUUUGGCUCGGAGGAGACUAUGUGGUCAAUGAUAGACUAUGCUAUUAUGGGCACCGAUCCCAGCAAAAGGCCACUCUCACCCAAGCCUAACGCCCAUUUAUCUUCCACGGCUUGGGGGGUUCUCGAGCCUGGAAUGAUGGGACCCGCGUUCGACAGUCCCAGUGCUAAUUUUCUCGGUCUCACGCCCCCAAUGCAACUCGAAGGGGUUGAACAGUUUUUGAAUUGCAGCCCAGGAGCGAGUAAUCUGAUUUAA